GUAGUGUGGAGAGUGGUACUUGAAUCAGCGUGACUUAACCUGGUUUGGUUUCUCUGAUCUUCUCCCUCUUCAAUAAGCGUCACUUUCUCUUGAAUCUACGUUCUGCUGAGAUGAGAAAUAAAUAAUUAAUAUUAUUAUAUUGAUCGAUAGAAACAGACAUAUAUAAGCGCAGAUCGGCAUCAUCGUCUUCUUCUAUACACUUGUCGAUCGCAAAUUCGGAAACCCUAGCUGCUAGAUCUGAUCUCGCUUCCAUGGCUAUGGCGUCACGGAAGCCUCGCGACCGCCAAAUGCUCUUCGACUCCGUCAUCGCGCUCGUCUUCAUCCUCGUCGCCUGCGUCGACCUCUGCGACGGCGCCACUGUCGUCGACGUCUACCGCCUCAUCCAGUACGACAUGUCCGGCGUCCCCUUCGGAUCUCGGCUCGCCAGCCUCAACCACCACGCCGCUUCUCUUCACUUCUCUCCCCACGCCGAUCUCUCUCGCACCGUCCUCCUCAUACCGCUUCGCGAACUCAACAUGUCCUUUGUCAGAGAAUAUAUUGCUGAAAGCAAGCCUCUCGGGGGUUUAAUAUUUUUGCUUCCCCGGAUGUUCAGUUUUGAAAACAAAGAUGGUAUGGGAAGUAGUCAUCAAGAUGGGAGUAAAGAAUUGCUGAAGAAUGUAUUGGAUGAACUUGAACAGAUACUUAUACACACCAACUUGCCUUAUCCUGUUUAUUUUGCAUUUGAGGAUGACAAUAUUGAUGCUGUGUUAACUGAUAUCAAGAAGAAUGACGUCACUGGUCAGCCUGCUACUGCAACAACUGGCGGAUACAAAUUUGUAGUUUCAGCUCCAGAACCAAAGAAAGUUGUAUCUCCUCCCAUUACAAAUAUUCAGGGAUGGUUGUCAGGAUUGAAGACAGAUGAUGAUGCUCAUCAAUUACCCACCAUUGCGAUAGUGGCAUCAUAUGACACCUUUGGGGCUGCUCCUGCAUUAUCAGUUGGAAGCGAUAGUAAUGGAAGUGGCAUUGUGGCUCUUCUUGAAGUUGCUAGGUUGUUUUCUCUCUUAUAUUCUAAUCCAAAGACAAGAGGACAAUACAAUCUGCUAUUUGGGCUAACAUCUGGUGGGCCUUAUAACUACAAUGGAACCCGUAAGUGGCUUCGGAGCUUUGAUCAACGGCUGCGUGAGAGCAUUGACUAUGCUAUUUGCUUAGAUAGUAUUGGCUCCUGGGAAAAUGAAUUGUGGAUUCACGUGUCUAAGCCUCCGGAAAAUGCCUUUAUUAAGAAAAUUGUGGAAGAUUUUUCGAGUGUUGCAGAAGAAUUAGGCUUUAAAGUGAAUCUGAAGCAUAAGAAAAUAAACAUUUCAAAUCCUCGAGUAGCUUGGGAGCAUGAACAGUUUUCAAGGCUGAGAGUUACUGCUGCCACCCUCUCUGAACUCUCCACAGCACCUGAAUUGCUAGAAAAGACUGGUGGUUUGGUUGACGGAAGGCAUUUUGUCAAUGAAGCGGCUAUUGUCAGAAGUGUGAAAUUAAUUGCUGAGAGUCUUGCGAGGCAUAUUUAUGGACAUCAAGGAAAAAAUAUUCAGAUCUUUGCUGACAACAGUAACUUGGCUGUCAAUCCUUCUUAUGUUCGAUCAUGGUUAGAUGUUUUGUCCCAAACACCUCGAGUAGCUCCAUUUUUCUCAAAAGAUGAUCCUUUUGUCAUGGCGCUGAAAAAGGAAUUAGAGGAUCAUACUGAUGAGGUAAAUCUGCAUAGAGACGUGCUAGAUGGAAUCUUCACUUUCUAUGAUUCAACUAGGGCAAAGCUGAACAUAUAUCAGGUUGCAAGUGUCACAUUUGACUUGCUGUUGCUUCUAGUAUUGGGAUCGUAUUUGAUUGUGCUCUUCAGUUUCUUGGUCAUCACCACUAGGGGUCUUGAUGAUCUAAUCAGUCUUUUUCGGCGGCCUCCCUCUCGGAAAGUGAAGACUGCAUAGUAACUGGCAGGACGUAGUUCUUAAGUUUUAAUUAGUAUCUUAGAAUGCAAGUUUCUAAUGAAAAGCUCUGUAGCGGAUUUUUCACGUCAUUUUCUUUAGUGAUUAAAAACAGCAAGAUAUUUAUUUUUGGCUGUACUAAAUUAACGACGCCAAAAUUUUGAUAUUUUUUUGCCCGUUUCACAUUUUUUGUAGUGGAAAAAAUGGUUACUAAUUCAUGCCCUGUGAUCACAAGGCUUACCCGGGUUGUUAUAGGCUUAGUUUCGCUCAAUAAAGGAUUGAUUUGGUUAAUUUAUCAAAUAUAA